GGCACAUUUUUGAGUUGAUUUUUGCUCGAUUUGGCAUUCGUAAGAUUAAAAUGUUAAGAGUAAUAAAUCAAAUAAUACUUAUCCAAAUAACGAUAUCAAAGUAAAAUGAUCAUUUUUUUAGGAGACAAACAGUAUUUUUGUAUUGUUAUUAAUGCGAAUAAAGCAUACAAAAUUCAAAUAGUAAAAAUACAAACAAAAUUGCACUUCCUAUUUUAUUUACUAUUAACACCUUUGAAAAAUGCCUAGGAAUUUAACGAUGUCGAUAACAAAAUCCUAAAUAUUGGACAUGGACUUUUAUUUUUAGUCGCAGUAAAAAAUGAAAUGAAAUUGAUUGAUUUGAGUUAAUUUUUACGAGUAGCAACACUGCAGUGUACCGAGUAAAAUGUCUGCUACGAAAGGAUCGAAAAAUAAUUUAAACAAAAUGAUUCAGUAGCCAUAGCUAAAAUCAAUUAAAGAUAACGGAAUAUUCAGAUGCCGCAGAAAUUACAAUGGAACACAUUUGUGAGACAGACAAAACAAUAAGCUGCAUGCCUUAAAUUGUUUUUAAAAAAAGUAGAUUUUUUACAUGAAUCUCGUAGGACAUAGUGAUAGUGUAAUAUGAAGUGAUUUAUCCCAGUGCUGACAUUUAGUGAGUGAUAGAUGGUUGACGGUCUAAACGGUGCCAACAUGUCUGAUGAUGAGGAUUCUUCACCUGAUCGGGCGCUGGGACCCACCAACAAUGUACCAGUGCUGGGCAUCAAACGUCUCAAACAGAUCGAGACGAUGUUCAUAUCCCGACGGCUUCAGGCUCCAAGGACCCAUGGUCUUAGCGUGGAGACCCUGGUCGAUAUGUUGCUGGUCCUAUACGACGAAUGCUGUAACAGCAGCCUUCGGAGGGAGAAGGCGGUAGCCGAUUUCAUAUCUUAUGUAAAACCAGUGGCGACGGCGCUGAAGAGACUACGGUUGUCCCGAGAUGACUUCGAGCUGGUGAAGGUGAUUGGACGUGGCGCCUUCGGAGAAGUUUGCGUCGUCAGAGCCUCGUUUAUGCAGGGCACUGAUGGCGGUAACCUAACCACUUCGACUACGGGGACCACGGGCACUGGAGAACGUGUGUACGCCAUGAAAAUACUCAACAAAUGGGAGAUGCUCAAGAGGGCGGAGACGGCGUGUUUCCAAGAGGAGCGCGAUGUCCUCGUGUUUGGUGACAGGCGGUGGAUCACAAACUUACAUUACGCCUUCCAGGAUGAACACAACUUGUACCUGGUAAUGGACUACUACUGCGGCGGCGACUUGCUGACGUUACUAUCGAAGUUCGAGGAUCGUCUCCCUGAGGACAUGGCCAAGUUCUACAUCGCUGAAAUGGUGCUAGCCAUACAGAGCGUGCACGAACUUAGAUAUGUUCAUAGGGAUAUAAAACCGGAUAACGUAUUACUAGACGCGAGCGGUCACAUUCGUCUAGCAGACUUCGGUUCCUGUCUCCGGCUUGGAGAAGAUGGCAAGGUGCAGAGCAAUGUGGCAGUCGGCACACCUGAUUAUAUCUCGCCGGAGAUAUUACGGGCUAUGGAAGAUGGUCAGGGAAGGUACGGGCCGGAGUGUGAUUGGUGGUCGUUGGGUGUAUGUAUGUACGAGAUGUUGUUUGGCGAGACCCCGUUCUACGCGGAGUCUCUAGUGGAGACGUACGGCAAGAUCAUGAACCACGCGCGCUCCUUCCACUGCCCACCUCCUGAUGAUCAUGCUGCACAGGUUUCAGAAGAGGCGAAGGAUUUAAUCCGCAGACUGAUUUGCUCUUCCGAGAAUAGAUUAGGAAAAAAUGGACUGCAAGACUUUAAGAAUCACCCAUGGUUCGCGAACCUGGACUGGGAGAAUCUCCGCGAGAUGCAAGCACCGUUUGUACCGGACGUGUCCAGUCCCACCGAUACUUCUAACUUCGAUGUCGAUGACACUGAUAUCAGGUUGUCGGAGGCAGUCCCCCCGCCGUGCGCGUCGUCCGCGUUCUCGGGGCUGCACCUGCCCUUCGUGGGCUUCACCUUCACGGCCGGCUCGCGACUGUCCGACCUCGGCGCGCCCGCCAGCCCGCUCAGUCCUGCCAAGAAUGCUCCUAGUCAGGCACCAAGUAACGCGGGCGAUCGUGCGGCGCUAAAAGCUUUAGAGCGAGAGAACGCGUUGUUAGCUCAGACCAUCGCAGAACUAAGAGCCGGGGGCGCUGCGCCAGAGGGCGCUAGUGAAGAUUUAAUACAACUGAAAGAAGAAUUGGCGACGUUAUCGAAGAGGAAUGCUGAUUUAGAGGCUCAAGUUAGAUGUUAUGAACAAUUAAAUACUGGCAUUAGUACGCAGGAUAUGCCAGCGACCCCACAAGAGAUGGCGACACGUAUCCGUGAGAUGGAAGUCAUCAUCCAAGCUCUGAACAUGGAGAAGGAGGAACUAUUGAAGGACAAAACUGAUUCCGCUGAGAAACUUAGGCUGCAGGACAAAGAGCUAAAGGACGCACUAUCACAACGUAAGCUUGCGAUGACGGAGUACAACGAGGUCACUGAACGACUAUCUGAACUCAGGCAACAGAAACAGAAGCUCUCGCGGCAGGUCCGCGACAAAGAAGAAGAGUUAGAAGUGGCGAUGCAGAAGAUAGAUGCGUUGCGCCAGGACAUACGGCGCGCUGAGAAGGGACGCAGGGAACUCGAGGCUAGACUCGACACUGCUAUCUCUGAGGCUACCAAGGAGCGCAAGUUACGCGAGGAGUCAGUCCGCAGCGCGCGCGUGGACAGCGCCGCGCCGCCCGCCUCCGCCGCCGCCGACGUCGCCCGCCUGCAGGCUGAGGUCGACACUCUCGAGCUACAAUACAAGGAAUCGCUAGCGCAGCAACAGGCGCGGUUCCAGGCGGAGUUGGCCGCGCUCAAUGACCAACUGCAGGAGGGAGACGCAUUGCGCAAUGUUCUCAAUAGAGAGUUGCAAACAUCGAAGGAGAAGUUAGAAAGUCGUCGGCUGGAGCAGUUGUCAGAUAGUGAAGACAAACAGAUGCUUAUGAACGAAAACCGGAAGCUCGCCAAGGACCUCGACGCUGUGAAUAGCAAAUUGGCAGAAAACGGUAGAAGAUGGCAGGCAGAACGAAGACAGAUGGAGAUAGAGUUGGAAGAGUUGAGAGCUAAAAGAGAUACCAUGCAGCAUUGGGAGACACAGGUCAGUGAUAUAGCCGACAUAAUCCGAUGGGUGGCUGAUGAGAAGGAGGCCCGAGGCUACCUACAGGCCCUCGCUACUAAGAUGACUGAAGAAUUGGAGUAUCUUAAACAUGCGAGCGCCUCUCGUUCCUCGCUAGUAGUAGCGUCGUCCCCUCCGUCGGGCGGGAAUGAAGCGCGCGGCACUGGCGGCUGGAGGAACCGACGCUCGCAGAAACUGGACAAGAUGGAGAUACUAACGCUACAGUCCUCGCUGCACUCUGAGAUACAGGCCAAGCAGGCUGUAGGGGAGGAAUUGUCUAGAACUCGGGCUGAACUGCUUGCUAGUCAAAGAGAACUACUAGAAACCCGACAACGAUUGGACUCCCUUGCGCACGAUAUGAAGCGCAAGGAGCAACAUAUACGCGACAUGCAAGCGAGGCUCGACGCGCCGCACCAACCCGGUAACUCCUCCAGGCAAGGAUCGGCGAAAUCUUCAAGUUACUGGAGUGGCAAAGAAGAGAAUGUCUUGGAUCGACCACCGUCACAGAUGAGCUACUUAGACCAAUUCCUCAAGGAAGCGCCCACGGAACGGCACUACGAUAACGUGGCUACUAUUAACGAGCAAAAGAUGUCGCCGCAGUACCGAUACAGGAACCAACAUUGUUGUAAUGCGAAGUUAAUGUACGGCUCCCAACAAUCGGCCGCGUUGAGUGGGUCGGUGGAACUACAGGACGAAUUGGAAGGGCCUCGGGCGUCCUCACCGGCCUCCAGCAAGAGCUCCCCUAGUGAAAUAUCUACAGUUAGUAUGGAUCCUUCGCUGGGCCCCACGGUGCCAGGCAAACAGAAGGUCCAUCAGUUCUUGGUGAGGACGUUCAGCAGUCCUACCAAGUGCAACCAUUGUACGUCGCUCAUGAUGGGGCUGACGCGGCAGGGCGUGGUGUGCGAGACGUGCGGGCUGGCGGUCCACACGUGGUGCUGCGCGCGCGUCGCGCCGCGCUGUCCGCUGCCCGCCGCCGCCGGCCGCCGCCCGCUCGGCAUCGACCCCGCGCGCGGACAGGGCACCGCCUACGAGGGAUACGUCAAGGUACGCUACACCACGUAA